AUGGCUUCAUCGAUCCAGGUCAUUGUGCUUGCUAUUAUCAUAUCUCUGGUUCCCCUACAGCUUUACUUCAGAUAUCGAAAACUGAGUUCGAUCCCAGGGCCUUUUCUGGCCAGUUUCACAGACCUCUGGAGAGCGUAUGCUCAGAAUUACGGCACCAUCGCAACGACACUCAUCAAACUACAUGAGCAGUACGGCCCUCUUGUGCGAAUCGGUCCCAACACGAUUCAUGUCAGCGAUCCCGCCGCCGUGAGCACCAUUUACACAAACCAUGGAGAAUUUCGAAAGGCCGACUCGUACUCGCCACUACGGGUGCGCAACCCUCAGGGCAAGUCGGCAGGGAGCGUUAUCGACAUGCAGGACGAAGAAGGCAAUACCCUUUUGAAGAGAGGGGUCGGGAAUGCGUUUGCAACCAAGACCCUACUCGACUAUGAGCAUAGCGUCGAUGACACCGUCAACGAGCUCGCCCGGACCAUCAUUGAGGAGCCAGAGUUUGACCUGUUCAAGACCAUGCAGUUCUUCCAGCUCGACAUGCUCACGCAGCUAGCCUUCAGUGAGAAUCUGGGACAUCUUCAAAACAGAAGGGACGUUUGGGGAAUGGUCGACCCCAGUCGAGAAAGGAUUGCCCACUGGGUGCAGUGGCAGGCGCUUCCGAAUUUGGAGUACCUGCUUUACCAACACCCGCUCUUUAACUGGGUCACGAAGAAAUCAUCUGCGUGGGCGCUGGAGGCGCUCCAAAAGCUGGCUACCCGUGAAUCGGCACCGAUGGAGAAGACGCAGGGCCAGAAAGACCUUCUCCAAAAGUACGUCGACGCGUUCAAGAAGCACCCAGCGAUGGGCCACGAUAAUAUCUCCCUGAUGACCACUUCGACGAUCUCGGCAGGCUUUGACAGCACAACGGUGACGAUGACGACGAUCCUGUUCUGUCUGAUGAAAUACCCGGCUGCCUGCGAGAAACUCAAGCAAGAGCUGGAGGCCGCGAAGCUGUCCACCCCUGUGCCGCAAUGGGCCGAAGUGAACAGGCUCGAAUAUCUCGACGCCGUCUUCAAGGAAGCCUUACGCUGCAACCCUUUCGUCACAAUUCCCCUGGAGCGGAUCGUGCCUCGAGGUGGCGCCGUCAUCGUCGGCAAACAGAUUCCCGCCGGCACCACCGUUGGCUGCGCGGCCAAAGUCAUCCACAACAACCGUGAACUCUUCGGCGAGGACGUGGAGGAGUUCCGGCCUGAGCGGUGGCUCGUAGACCCCGAGAAGAGACUCGCGAUGGAACGAGCUUCGAUGGGCUUCGGCUCAGGAAAACGAAUCUGCCUGGGACGACAUAUUGCGGAACUAGAGAUUAAGAAAUUGAUUCCCGCUCUGGUUCUACGGUUUAAGAUGGAUCUCGUCACCCCCGACGCGUCUUUGGAUUUCGCAGAUGGCCUCACGGCGUUUCCGAAGACUAUCAUGGUUAAAUUUGAAGAGAGAAAAUAA